UAUAUAUAAAGAGGUGGGAAAGCAUUGCACUUUAGAAAGUUAGAGAGAAGGAGAGAGAGCUAUAAACUUUUUGCUCCUUUCUUCCUUCUUCUCCUUCUUCUUGGUUUGUGGGAUCUUCACAAUUGAUUAAGAGGUCAAAGGUCAAAGUUUGUGACUUCCUACCCCAUCAAACCCAUAGUCAAAGUUCAUAACUCGUUUUUGACCAUUCAAUCAAAAGUCUAACAAUGGAACUGGUUGAGAAUGGAGGCAAGAAGCAUCAUGAGAUUCAAGAAGAGAAAGUAAUGGCGACAAGCAUGACACUAAACGAUUACAUCAACAUUCAAAUCCCUUCUUCAGAGAACAAUGAGCUGAUCAACCACAAACAAAAGAGAUUCUUAGACUUCCUCAAAGCUCAUCCGUCCAAAGAAUGGUUUCAAAAACUCGGUUUCAUCGGCAGACUAUCACCCUUCACAUUUCUCCGGCGGUCGACAAGCGUUUCACAACCCCGUCCCUCAGUACUCACCACCGAAGAAAGACGUCGCCGCUUCCGUGUGCCUUUCGUCCGAAAGAUCGACUGGCCUGCAUUGAUAAAAUACUGUAAGAACUGGGCCAAGCAUCCGUCAAACAUCGCAAUGCUGGUUUGGCUCUCAUUCGUCGCUGUCGGUAUUAUAAUCCUCGGCCUUCUAAUGUUGGGCUUGCUCAAUGGAGCCUUAUCAAAAUCAGAGAGGACUCGUUGGACGGAAAUCCUGAACCAAGUCCUCAAUGCACUCUUCACCAUCAUGUGUCUCUACCAACAUCCAAGAUUAUUCCACCACUUGGUUCUCCUCUACAACUGGAGAUCCUCAGACAUUGCUGAGCUGAGAAAGUUGUAUUGCAAGACACCAUUUCGCCGGCCAAACGAAAGAGCUCAUAUAACAUUCGUUGUGAUACUUCUCCACAUAACGUGCAUAUCUCAAUACGCCUUAUGCGCGCUCUACUGGGGUUUCACCAGCAAAACACGCCCAGACUGGGCUGAAAACCUCUUCAUUGGCGUUGGUAUCGCCGCACCGGUUAUCGCCUUUUUGUAUACAACUUACAGUCCAUUAGGGAAGAAGUAUGAGUCAGAGACAGAUGAAGAAAACUCAGAACCAGCAGUGAACAUGGUGAAGCUAGGCAGUAAGAGGGUGGUGAUCACUAACCCAGAGUGGAUUGGAGGGUUGUAUGAUAUCAGGGAUGAUAUGACAGUGACUUACCUCUCCUUCUUCUGCACCGUUUGUGUGUUUGGAUGGAACAUGGAGAGGCUUGGAUUUGGCAACAUGUAUGUUCACAUUGUCACUUUCAUUCUCCUGCUUCUUGCUCCUUUCUUGGUGUUCACUGUGGCAGCUCUGAAUAUCAAUAAUGAGGGUAUAAAGUACACUGUGGAGAUCAUUGGGAUUCUGCUUUGCUUUCUUGGAUUGUUGUAUGGAGGGUUUUGGAGAUCACAAAUGAGGAAAAAGUUUAAGCUUCCAAAGAGUUUGUUUUGCAGUGGGAAUGCAACUAUGGGUGAUUUCAUGCAAUGGCUUUUCUGCUGGUCUUGUUCUUUGGCUCAAGAAGUGAGGACUGGGAACUUUUAUGAUGUUGAGGACGAUAGUUUUUGUAUGAAGGAGGAGGAGAGUGCCCGACCGGAGUUGGCUCCGUUACCGAGAGAGGCUGUGGUUUCUCCGGUGAUGGAGAUGAAGAAAGAUGGUGGUGGCUUGGAUGUUUUGCCAGUCAGUGUUGGUGGUUCUAGUGUUGGGAAAGAUGAAGCUCUGAGACCACCUCUUCAACCUUUGAUAGAUAUGGAGGUUGUGGUUCAGCCGAGCAAGAACUGAAGCAGUUGCUAGUUGCUUCUUUUUUUUUUUCCUUUGAAAAAAAAUGGAAUAAUUAAUGAUUUAGGGUGUAGAGAUUUUUUUUAAUUUAUUUUUGUAUGCUGUUUUUUUCCAUAGAUACAGAAGAUUGAUUUUGAUUGAAAUUAGACAUCUUGUGGUGAUUCAGUUGUGAUUUUGUA